CUAACUGGCUUAGUUCCAUACAUGCAGAAUUAGCUGCACUACAACUUGCCACUAACGCACUGAAGAACAGUGGAGGAGUAAUUUUCUGUGAUUGAAAGUCAGCUCUUCAGGCCCUUAAAAAGCCCAACAUGAAAAUUAGAUAUUAAGAAUGUUGUAACAUCCAUUAUAAACAACAUUAUUAAUGCAAAGAGCAAGAGUUUCAGAGUUUCAUUUAAUGGAUACCAUCUCAUAUAGGUGUUGUCCAGCAUGAUGACACAGACAAGGCAGCUAAAACUGCAUGUGAAAACUGCAUAAGUCUGAAAUUGAGUUAGAUAUGGGCAUUCCAUUCUAUACAGUAAAAGCCGCAAUAUUUCAGGAAAUUAGGGAAGACAGAACAGUUACUGACUCUUAAAAGGCCAGAAAGCACAAGUAUAGAGAGCAAUGACAUAUUUAGAACCGAUAAUUAUAUGUACGGGCAGUAUAAAACAUCCACUAGACAGUGUGACAUUGUAAUUGCCAGAAUUAUGCUGGGAUAUAGAUAUCUAUGGUAGGUGGCUGCAGGUAAUGAAUUCCCCAAUGGUGAACAUUCCAAUUGUAAACAAUGUGAACAAGAGCUGGGACAUACUCUCCAACACUAUAUCUGUUAUUGCCCUUUUAUCAUUGACUUCAGACCAAAUGGUAUGAAGUACUUUGAGCUCUGUAAUUACUUCAUACACUCAGGAAUAUUAGAAGAUAUUCUUGUGCUGUACCUAGAUUUUCCUAGUGGAGGCUAAUAUUUCCCUCACAUUGAAGCCUCACAUUUCAUGUUCUUUCCUGAUUCCACGUAUGAGUAUCCGUCCUGUGAGAUUGGGUUGUUGGAUGAGCUUGUAGCUGUUUUUUUUUAUCUACACUGUGUAAUCCUCCAUACAGAAUAGUGUAGCAUUAGUAUACCUAAGCUUGUUAAAACAAAAGACAUUAUUUGAGAGGAAGCGUAUAGAAACUGGUAAAAGUAAUUAUAAUAUAAUAUUUCCAUGAUUCAGUGCUUAGCUCUUAUGAAAAUCAUUAAGUUAUUAUUUAGUCAGAGUUAAUUUAUUUUUAUAUUGAAGCAGGUAUUUUCUCCCCUGAUUCCAUGUAUGACUAACCAUCCUGUGAGAUGGAAAUAUUAUAUGAACUUAUAGCUAGUUUUUUUUAUCUACACUGUGUAAUCUUUCAUAUAGAAUAGGGGGUAGCAGCACAUUGCUGUGUAUACCUAAGCUUGCUAAUAAUUAUAUUAAAAAGUCCUGUUUGAGUAAGAACAUCGGUAAAUUAGUUUUUUGUUUUGUUUACACCGAGCGACGAGCAUGAUGUUAAGUCAAAAACUAAAUCAUAUGAAGACUCCGAAAAGAGAAUUUAGUUGAUAAAAUGUUGGAAGGAAAAGGAUAAGAGGUGACUUAAUAGUUUAGAAGUAUUUGAGAUUAUUAAAUGACAAGGCAGUUUUGACAGAAAAAAAUACUUAAAAUAUUGCACAAACAUAACGUUCAACAACAGACUUCCAAAAAUAAGCAAAUUAUUUAAUUCUUCGAAGGAAAAUAUCGUGUUAUUUAUUCGAGUGAUAAACAAAUGGAAAAGUUUUACUAACAUAUCAUUCAGAGAAUACUGUGAAUACAUUUUAAAGUUGAUUAAACAAGCACUUGUCUUCAUAUAUACACAGCCUAGUUUAGAUAUAACGGUCAGCUACGCCUUUAAUAACAAAGUUACUUUUUUGAAAGUCAGUGAACGAGGUGAUAUAAUAUUGUAUAUAAACGGUUAACAAUAAACAAAAAGGCUGAAUUUAUCGCUCAGGAUAAAACUGUUUUCGAAUUCAAAGUGGUGAAAUUUCGAUUUAAAACAAUACAGCAUAACGUUUUGUCGGGGUCAGGAUGCCUGUGUACAUAUAUACUCUUAAGUUUAUAUCGAGGUUUCUACCUCCUAUAACACUAUGUCAAGGUCAAGGUGUUAUGGUCCCUAACACUAUGACAAGGUGUUAGGGACCCACCCAGACCCUCCCAGGAUACAACCCACACCAUGUUGUUGUUUAAGAUUCACUACUUGGAACAAAAAAAGUUCCAAGUAACACGGGCUAUGGUGAGCCCGUAGUCGACUUGUUAAAACCCCCACCGGUUUCCUAACUUCCAAAAACCGAUUUACUGUUAGGUGAACAGCGGCAUUAGGUGAAAGGAAACGUGGGCCAACCAUUUCUGUCCCGCCCAGUAUCGAACCUGGGAUCCCCGAUUGUGAGAUUAAUUAAUAUAUCAAGACUCUUCUCUAUAUUUCUUAAGUUCUUCACUUGAGAAACAAUUUGAAAAAUUAACUCACCUGUGUUAAUUGUUACAGUUUAUAAGGUCUAACCUGGGCUGCCUAAAAUAUUUAAAUGAAUAUACCAAAAUUACUACAUAAAAAAGUAGAAGAUUUACUAUUUAACGUAGAAACAUGAAUUAUAUUUAUAAAAAUACAAUAUACUUGUAAUACCGUGUAGACCUCGGUUCCCAAACUGAGGGGAGGGGGGCAUUUUCCCCCCAUAUUGUAGGGGGCAUUAAGUUGAGGCAGUGUACUGAUACCCGAGAGGGCCUUUUAUUGAGAGUAGGGACCAUUAAUGACUUUAUAUGAAAAAGGGGUAAUGACCGUAAAGACUUUGGGAACCACAGGGCUGUAGACAGUAAAAUAUCACAGAAUAUUUAUUGCUUACCUCUUGCAAAGAAGGUAGCCUCUUGCCAAUGUUCCUCUGCUUACACAAUGCUCCUUGCUUGAUCUUAUCACAAAGAUGGAAUGGAGGCGUGUAUUUAGUGCCGUCUGGGCCUUGCAAUAAACGUUUAGCAUGUAAGAGAUCAUUAAUAGUUUCGCCUUUAAGACUUGAUCGAUUUUUCACUUUUAUGUUGACAAAAUGUUGUCUGAGGUACAGGGUAAGAGGACAAUGGCGGGAGGUUCAUCAUGAAUGUGGAUAAUGCCCGGAAACCAUUCUUAUUUCCCCAUUUUUCGUUUGAAAGUUUGUAUAUGGGGUAAUACUCCCUUGUAUUUGACAUUUACAGUAUUUCCAAAAAUGCUUUAUUCAGGUCUCUUACUCUUAAUGAUCCACUCCCAACAUAGUUUAUCAUCCAAUAUUUUGCUAAGACACUUUGUGUUCACACCUUUGCACUGUUUUCCUUCGUUAAAGUCGCCACGGACCCGCUGUCACGGCCAGAGUUUUGCCUUUGUUUCCGACUCACUAUGAUGGGGGAUUAAACAUAUGCCAUAAACAAGCACCUGACAUUGAACGACCAGCUCACAACCCAGCGCGUCCGUGACUGGUCAGAGUAGCAGGGUGGCCGCCCUCACAGGUGAGGAGAGUAACGCCGCCAUAACGCCUCAAGUUCUCCUCGAGGACCGCACGUGGUCAGUUCCGGUACACACUCACACAAUAAGUACUGCUGACACUUCUACAAAGAAAUUUGUAGAAGUAAUAAAUGUUUGACCUGCCAGAAACGCUGCGCGUACUAGUUAGUGGCUUUACAAGAUUGUAAUUACUAUGCUAUGUAUCCUCAAUCCCAAUGUACCUUCUUGUAUAUAUAAAUAAAUAAAUAAAUAAAUAAAUAAAUAAAUAAAUAAAUAAAUAAAUAAAUUUAUGAAUGAGAAUUUGGAAAAUUAGAAACAUCAUCAAUUUUUUGUUGCAUUCAAAUUUUAUAUCUUGAUUUUGUAUCAGAGUAGUAGAAUUAUAGAAAAUAGCAAAUUAUCAACGCUUAGUACCAAAAAGCAAGAAAUGUACGAAAUUUGGUACAAAAGUACCAAGUUUGGCAGCCCUGACGGUAAGAUAUUCGUUUUAUUGAACCUGUCAAAAUCUUCAGACAGAGGUGACGUGUAUUCAAGUUAGCUUAUUGAUUGAUUGAUAAAGAUUCAGCCACGCAAGAGGUGGCACGGGCAUGAAUAGCCUGUAAUACAAGUUAGCAAGUUAGCACCCGAGAAAGGUAAGGUGUCACAUGGACCAAUAGGUCUACUACAGUUUCCAUACUUCGUAUGUUCUUAUGAUGAUUGGGGCAGUGGUGCUUUACUAUUCUACUUUGGUCUUGAAGACUAUAAAAUGUGCCUCAGUGAGAGCUGGCUGUCAUAGAGAUCAGACAAUGUCAUAGUCGGUUGACAUUUUCUGAUGCAUAUAGUGCUUCCCCGGUGUCGAUUUUUUUGUUGCCGUUGUUUCUGUCAAUUAUUUCCGUGUUGUUCAUCAGGAUGUCUCUGGUUAUGAUCUUAAUGUGUGUAGAAAUUAUAUGUUCUUUGAUGGAGACUUCAUUGUUGUUUGUGCAUUUUCAGGCGACUUUUAAAGAGAUGUUGCUGCCUUGCCUGUAUACAUAGGUUCCCCGACUUGGCGCCUUAUUUUGAUAAUUACUUAUUCGCCUGUAUACUGAGAUUUUUUGCACCUGAUGGUUCGCAAGUGGGCAUGUGAAGGCAUAAAUGACAUUUGCCUCUUUCAAAGCUUUUCACUUGGUGUCAGGAGAGUUCGUCGUGAGUAAGUUGGUGGUCUUCUUCCUCUGGUAGUAGCGUGUCAAGUUAAUCUUCUGAUAGUUGGUGUUGGUAAGGUUCACGUUUCUUUCAAUAAUGUCUUUCAGGCUUAAACUUUCAACAGGCUUUCUUCAAUGAUCUAGCAAACUCGCUCUUGAUGAAGACGUUACAGUAUAAAGUUAUGUAGCAUCAUGGAACAAUAAUACAGCUUCUACCCAGCUGGAGAACUUUCCGGCCACCACAGAUACAAUUUUAUCGUUUCACUUAUAUUAAAGAACCAUGAGCCAUCUUGUGAAAAAGCUAUAUUUAAUUUUCAUUUAGCUCAUAUUUUUUUACAGUACAUUAUACACAUCAAAGUUUUUAUGUUAAAUAUAUAUUAUCAAGAAGAUAUACAUUUAAAUUUGUACUGAUGCAAUUUACAUAUGAAUUCCAGCAGGAUAUAAUUCUUCAAUUGUUAUUUAUUUGUUUAAAAUGACUAAAUAAAAAAUAUUGUUAUUGAUCUAAAGCUUGACAGAAUAUUUCAUUACGAAAACAACACAUAACAAUUCAUAGCCUACAAUAUUUUAAUUUAAAGGGAAUUACUGAUAUACACUGAAACAUUUAGUAGUUCCUAAUUAUAUUAUAUUUAUACAAAUUAACAAAAGUUUACUGCCAUAAUAAUAAAUUACAGGACCCGAAAUCAUGACUUGUCAGACAUGCAAUUGGACAAGUUUUCCCGCCUUUUGGAACCAAAAUAAAAGUUUUCGCGGGAAGGCGACCAGCAGACCAGUCGGCCAGAGACCGCCAUGAGUCUUGCGUACCUUGGGACCCUCUUCCUCUAAAGAGCCUUCUUCAACCGGUCACUACAAGUUUAAUAACCUGCUUAGUGGGUCAAUAUUUGCCCAAGGAUAGCAGUGAGGUGUGGUAAGGAACUUCUUAGCAAGUGUGAGGAGGAAGACAGCAGGAGCAGAAGCCCCAGUGGCAGCCCCCAGCAGCAGCAAGAACUAUGUUCUACAGCUACGACAUCCUCAACCCCAGGAAGGGGAAGCUGGCCGUGGUGUGGCUGGUGGCGACGGGCAGGUUUAAGUACCAGAAGCGCCAAGACAAGAACUUCAGGGACGUCAUCAAUGUCAGAGUCACCCAUACUUGCGAGGAGAUCCUGCGGUACGUGGUGUCUGGAGACAAGAGGAAGGAGGGCCGCUUCUCCCUCUACCUCUCCUCCAUGCUCAUGUACGGCACCAUCAAGGUCUACCGCCGCCAGAUCUACUUCCUCCUUAGUGAAGCCCUGGAAAUGUUCGAAAAAAUUCAGCGGCAGAAAAUGGAACUUGACGUGGACGUGCCCUCCGUGUGGAGGUCGUCGGUGACGCUGGCAGAGGUGCCCCAGCAGGUGAUGAGAGACCUAGAGUGGACCACCAUGGGUCCCCCACCACCACCUCGACGAUUCGGGGCAUUCAUCACACCGAGAAAACGCGGAGAGAUCGAGGAGAAAGGGACUCCGAAGCGCCGCAGACCUGACACGUUCUCCGAGUCUCAGUUUCUGAGAGAGGAACCCAGCGGCGUUGAAGGCGACCUGCUCUCUCUUCUUGCUAUAGACUGGGGCGAGGACACCCCUACUCGCGCCAGACCCCAGGACAUCACCUUGCAAGAAGAUGAGUUGCAAAUUGCUUCCUUGCGGCUGACAGAGGAGCAGCAGGCGCUGAUGACGGAGAUAGGACCGCUAGACCUAGGGCCCUCCUUCACCACCUGGGAGGGUCCGCUAGCCCCCCAGCCUCCCUCAUCCCCAACCAUUGAAAGCGUUACAAAGAGACUUCGACUGGAAGGCGAUACAGCAGAGAAGGGAAGUGCGGAUGUGGGAGCCGUCGAGCGUGAGCUCCCUCGUCAGACAGAACAACCGCUGGAGGAGGAGGAGCUCCAGAUUUGGCCUUUACCACGACCACUCCUACCUGAGCCACCAGUCUCACCUGUGCUGGCGGUCACAGAUACUGCGCCUCCUCAGCAGCCUGAGAUGGUGGUGGUGCCUCCAGUGGAGAAGACCCCUGAGCAGCCGACAGUGCCAGAUGAUUUGUUAAAGAAGAAGGGCCAACUCCCUGAGGCACUCGAGGACCAGACCCUCCUCGAGCCCCAGCAGCCUCUACUACCGAGCGACAGUGAACCGUUGAGGCUGGGGCCCCUGGAGAGAGGAGCGCCGCCCCGGGGCAGGGGCAGAGGACACAGGCGACGUCUGAUCAUCGACCGAAACAUUCAUAUCACCACCGCCGACAUCAGAGCACAAAUUCAAGAUUAUUCCUCUACCAUGCGGCGUGAGAGUUCAGCCGAGGACGUGGCCGACGUUCAUGGGUUGCGCCACAAGAUUCCCGUUGGUCGCCUGCUGUCCGAAGUGACCCAUCGGCGCCCCCUGGCCACCAGCCUCGCUCACAUGUUCGCCUCACGCUACAUUCUUCAGCUGCCCAUACUGGAUGCCCCUGAGGCUCACCCCCCAGUUAGACGACAGCUUCAGUUAGUGGAUGAGUCUGUUGAAGAGCCUCUUGCUGGAGCCAGCGUCUCCAGUAUGGACCUGGGCGAUGCUUCCAUGUUCCAGUUAUCACACCACGAGUCUUCUAAAGGCUCAUCCAGCAGGAGCAUCCAUAUGACCCCCAAGACUGCUCAGUUGGAGGUCAGUGUACCUCCGGGCCUCUUCCAAGACACCACCCAGCUGCUGACCAUUCAAGAGGAGCAAGGUGUGGAGAUGUUCCCGCCGCCUGUGCUACAGGAGCCCGGGCCUCCUGUAGCCCUACCGGGAGACGUCCCACUGGCAGUGACCCCGCCGGCAGAGGUACCACCUACAGAGCCCUCACUAGCAGUAACCCAGGCGACGGAGGUCACACUGACAGUGACCACGCUGACGGAGGUCACACUGACAGUGACCAGACUGACGGAGGUCACACCGGCUGAACUAUCACUACCCCUUGAUGCACAGCAAGCAGAGCGCGACCUACCAAGGAGUAUGAUAACCUCGAAGCCAGUUCCAGUUCGUCCUCCAAAACCAGAUCAAAGUGGUUUCGAGGAAAUCGGGCUUGCCACGCCCCCUGGCAUGUUACCAAAACCGCCGCGAGUCAGCAGCUUCGUCCCUCCUGAGAGAACCCCGGAGAGAGGUCCUAUCCGCUCGCCUCCUGGCGGGGCCACUCUCGUUACCUUACAAGCCGACGUUCAUUAUCAUUCCCCACAAAAAAGGACUGUGAAUGGAGUGCCUCUCCCUACUACUCAAGAAUUUGAUGUAGCCGAGGUGGUUUCUCCAGUUGGCGUUGAAGAAUCAGUUACGGGGCAAGUGCCUGCAGAAGGUGGCACUCCCAGGGCACCAGUAGGAAUGCCCGGUCCUCAUUCUCCGCCUGGACCCGCUGACAUCAGCGACACUUUUAUUCCCAGUUUUAUUUCCCCCAUACGGCAGAUUUCGCCGAGUAGCUUAAAACCACAUGAAACCGAGAAAGCAUUAACGGAUGUCCUGACCAGAGGAGCACAGGUCACUUUAGACAGUCUUCUGCCCCCCAACCCUACAAGAGGCGAGGCCGCCCACAUGUUCUCCGUUCUUCUUGAGAUGCACAAAAAAAGACUGGUACGCCUGGAUCAAGAGAUUUCCUUUGGCCCAAUAUACGUCACCCGACUCUAGAGGUCUCCUGAUCUCUGUCACCACCGUCGCUGUGUUCUGCUCAAGACUCUAGUAUAAGGGUGUUAUGUUCUGGAAUGUCAUUGAUAACUUCAGCUCUAUUAUAGACGCCUUUGGCGGUAAUGAGGGGGGACAACACUCAGCUAUGAGGACCACCUUAGUGUGGAGACUGACCGGGGGCUGUGACAUUCUGCACACACCUGAAUCAUUAAUAGCAUGUCAAAUGUUUCUCUUAAGAAAGAUACGCGCUUUGUUAGUAUGUACAUCCCUCACUCAUUGUAUUAUAUGUUCACUUUAGAGGUAUAAUGUGGGAGCAUUGUAUAGCACAAGUGUUUGAGGAACACUAUGUAGCCCCAGUGUGUAUGGGGGAACAUCAUGUAGCUCCAGAGUGUAGGAGAACAUUAUAUAACUCCAGAGUGUAGGAGAACAUUAUAUGGCCCCAGAGUGUAGGAGAACAUUAUAUAGUCCCAGAGUGUAGGAGAACAUUAUAUAGCCCCAGAGUGUAGAACAUUAUAUAGCCCCAGAGUAGAAGAACAUUAUAUAUCCCCAGAGUGUAGGAGAACAUUAUAUAGCCCCAGAGUGUAGGAGAACAUUAUAUAUCCCCAGAGUGUAGGAGAACAUUAUAUAACUCCAGAGUGUAGGAGAACAUUAUAUGGCCCCAGAGUGUAGGAGAACAUUAUAUAUCCCCAGAGUGUAGGAGAACAUUAUAUCCCAGAGUGUAGGAGAACAUUAUAUAGCCCCAGAGUGUAGGAGAACAUUAUAUGGCCCCAGAGUGUAGGAGAACAUUAUAUAGCCCCAGAGUGUAGGAGAACAUUAUAUGGCCCCAGAGUGUAGGAGAACAUUAUAUAGCCCCAGAGUGUAGGAGAACAUUAUAUAGCCCCAGAGUGUAGGAGAACAUUAUAUAGCCCCAGAGUGUAGGAGAAUAUUAUAUAGCCCCAGAGUGUAGGAGAACAUUAUAUAGCCCCAGAGUGUAGGAGAACAUUAUAUAGCCCCAGAGUGUAGGAGAACAUUAUAUAGCUCCAGAGUGUAGAACAUUAUAUAACUCCAGAAUGUAGGAGAACAUUAUGUAGCCCCAGAGUGUAGGAGAACAUUAUAUAGUCCCAGAGUGUAGGAGAACAUUAUAUAGCCCCAGUGUAGAAGAACAUUAUAUAGCCCCAGAGUGUAGGAGAACAUUAUAUUGCUCCAGAGUGGAGAACAUUAUAUAGCCCCAGAGUAUAGAACAUUAUGUAACUCCUGCUUUUAACGGGAGAAGCAAAUUUUCCGGUUAGAAAACUUAAAUUUUAUUUUGUGAAUGUUCUUAAUUUUUAUCAUGUUGAAAAUUUUGUGUUUAGUUAUGAAAUUAAUAAACGGAUGUUAGAAUUCAGUCAUUUCCAGCUUUGAAUAACUUUUUGAAUUGUAAUAAAUUUGGUCAAUUAAAGUGCGUGCCAUUGUAGAGAUGACUGUCAAAGAGUACAACCUGCACGAAUGACUUAACACAUUCCUGAUAUUUCUAUUUAAUUACUGAAGUGUAAUUUGCUUGAAUUAAUUUUGGGGUAUUUAAUCUUUUAAAAUUUAUUUUUUUAAACUGCCCAUCCUUCUGUUAUGGUAGUACUUAUAUUAAAGAUGAGGACCAUAAUAUAUAUAUACCGACGUACAACGAAAUUAGAGCGUAAAAAUCCGAACUAUUGAGUUGGACAAACCUGAAAACUAUUUUUUUACUUGUGUGGCUCUGACAAACUAACCUAACCUAUGCUAA